UCCCGUCUCCGCCGUGGUACCGCAUCGACAACUGUCAGGCUACCAACGACCAGGAGCUCGGAGUUAGCGGCUCGUUACAGCUGGAUCUAAGAAAACGCAGUUCGGACCUUUGAUCGAGAUAAGACCGACUUGAGGAGGAGGCGGCGGGGCGGCCGGAAAGCCACGGAUCGCCAGUUGUCCAGUUGUCAUCAUGGGCAAUGCGCCCACGGCCAGGAAGGGCAACGAGAUGGAAAGCGUCAAGGAGUUCCUUGCUAAAGCCAAAGAGGACUUCCUCAAGAAGUGGGAGAGUCCUGCACAGAACACUGCUGGCCUGGAGCAGUUUGAGAGGUUGAAAACCCUGGGCACGGGCUCGUUUGGCCGCGUUAUGCUGGUGAAACACAAAGAAACGGGACAGCAUUAUGCCAUGAAGAUCCUAAACAAGCAGAAGGUGGUGAAGCUCAAACAGAUAGAGCACACGCUGAAUGAGAAGAGGAUUCUUCAAGCUGUCAGCUUUCCCUUUCUGGUGCGGUUAGACCACUCAUUCAAGGACAACACUAACCUCUACAUGGUGAUGGAAUAUGUGCCGGGUGGAGAGAUGUUCUCCCAUCUACGGAGAAUUGGCAGAUUUAGUGAACCUCAUGCUCGGUUCUACGCUGCUCAGAUCGUCCUGACCUUUGAAUAUCUGCACGCUUUGGACCUGAUCUACAGAGACCUGAAACCUGAGAACCUGCUCAUAGACCAACAGGGCUACAUCCAGGUGACAGAUUUUGGCUUUGCCAAACGUGUAAAGGGCCGGACCUGGACACUGUGUGGCACCCCAGAAUAUCUGGCCCCAGAGAUUAUUCUCAGCAAAGGGUAUAACAAGGCAGUGGACUGGUGGGCGCUGGGCGUGCUCGUUUAUGAGAUGGCAGCAGGAUACCCCCCCUUCUUUGCUGACCAGCCCAUUCAGAUCUAUGAAAAGAUCGUAUCAGGGAAGGUUCGUUUCCCAUCUCACUUCAGUUCAGACCUGAAGGACCUCCUGAGGAAUCUACUACAGGUUGAUCUUACAAAACGUUAUGGGAACCUCAAGAACGGGGUCAACGACAUCAAGGGACACAAGUGGUUUGCGACCACCGACUGGAUCGCCAUCUUCCAGAAAAAGGUGGAAGCUCCCUUCGUCCCCAAGUUCAAAGGACCCGGCGACACCAGCAACUUCGACGACUACGAGGAGGAGGAGAUCCGCGUCUCCUUCACUGAGAAAUGUGCCAAGGAGUUUGCUGAGUUCUAGAGUUAAAAGAGCGACAGAGAAAGAGAGAAAGGAAGUAGGGAGAGUCACAGGUAGGCUGGUCAAGUGGGAGACCUGGGGAGAGAGCCCUGUCUCCUGUCCAAUCACAAGCACCAGCUACAAAAACGAGGGGAAAAUGGGAUAGAGAAGGGAAAAAGAACCAGGAGACUGAUAACCAGCAGUGUUGCCUUUUCUGUUGCUGUUUUUGUUGUACUUUAUUUAUUAUUCUGUCUUAUUUAUGAAUCCCUUUAUAAUGAACGUGUGCUUCAGAUUCAUGGGUGUCGGGACCCUCACUUAAUUAGAGUUGCCUCCACACAAGGUUCCCCCCUCUUUUAUCAUUUCCUUCAUCGUUUGUUCACUUCUGCACCAGAACAUAGAGACACCAGUCCGUUCGAACCUCCAGUCUCUAAGUCAUGACAUAAAGCCAAUCAAGUCCUGUACAAGCCGAAGUCUCAGUCUGCACAAAGGUUUCUUCAAUUUAAAACCUACUUCUCACCCGCGCUUUGCGUUCAUAGCGGGACGAGCAUGUUAAUAAGUAAAUUUAAAGGCGUCACACACACGUAUGCACUUUCAGCUUAAAUUACUAUAUGUUUGGAAGUUUAGGUUUAAUUUUCCUGUAAGAUGAAAACAUGGACCCUCUCAAAUCAUAGACAACUUUUACCGUACGUCUGUUGUAUGAUGAGCCAAUAAAGAAGCAAUCAGCAAUGGGUCAUGUGCUCAAAGUCAUUUUAGAUGACACUUAAGGGGGAAAAAGUUAAUUGAAUUUUCAGUGUAACCCCAUCUUUACUUCUUGUCAUUGUUAGCAUAGCCCGGCUUUGUGCACAUGUACAGCACUCAACUUUUAAAUGUUAUUAGAUUCUAGUGGCUCUAAUGAUGUCAUGUCACGCUAACAAACGAGGGAAUAACGAGAAGGGAACAUCGUGGAAAAUAUCUCAGUUUUAUCUGUGUUUCUGAGGAACACUGUUACAUAAUGGUAUCUCAGGUUUGAACAUAUCACUCAAUAGACAUCCUAUCGAGGCAAGUCGUCAGGAUCAGAAGGUUAAGAAGGCGUGCUUCCGUCGUUCGUUCUCCCCCUUCCAGAAGAAUUGCUUUUGCUAAUGUUAAUGACUCUGUUUGGUCUUGAAAGCACUUGCUGUCUCUGCUCAGAGCUACUAGUCAAGUUGAUUGUGCAUGUGGAAUCAACAAUUUGACCCGUUGUCAUUUCUAAAUGAACGAGACCAUGUGAGGCAGACUACCUCAAACUGCUUCUGGUCAACACAACUCUUUGACCAGUCAUUGGUGGCGCUGUGGAUAGUGUGCUUUGGCGCUAUGGUCAUCUAUAGAAACUUGUGUUUAUUUUCAUCUCCCCCAGCACCCAACCCUCUUCCUUUCGGACCACACUCAAUGUGACAGUCUUAACCCCUUUUCCACUGGUCAAUAAGACCACUCACACCUGCUAACAUCUGGCUUUUGUCUGCAAUGAGAACGGAAACAUUCUGCAGUUAAUCCCGGUGAACUUGACACCCAGGUGAAUGCGGUAAUUUGGCAAGAUAGCGAUGCGAGAGUGCCUCGGUGUGUUUGGGACGUCAAAUAUAUGUGAGAAAAUUGAAAGGCAAUCUCCUCUACUGGCAAUGGGAAAAGAGAUAAUUGUGUUUACCCAUAUUUCAAAAAACAUGUGUAUACCCACUAAUUUUGUUGUAAAGACGUAUUAUAUGUUACAGCAACUCUGUGUUGAAAACAUGCGUAGGUUUUGCUUUGUUUCAUUUUUUCAUGUGGUGAUGAAGUAAAGAGGACUUGGUAAUCUGUUGAACUAGGUUAGGAGAAGACAGAGCAGCUGCAGCAUAUCCUAGCUAAUGUGCUGAGAAUUAACUUAAAAUGUUCCUAUUGCACAGUGUGGAACCGGCUAUUUAAAGUACACGACACAUAGCACUUCAGGUGUCCAGCGUCUCCUUAACUCCUGAACUAUGACAGCAGAGGACUUAAGCAGAGCCCCAAAAAGUUGUAAUUGUUGGAUUCAUAAAUUCAGAAUUUCAUCUAUGAGAAAGCUGUACUUUAAUGUGUGACCAUCAUCAACACAAUUGAUAGUAAUUGAUCAUUUGGUUCAUACAGGCCUUGUUUUACUCACUUUUUAUUCACUUUUGUCUUUCCUGUCCAAAAUGGUUCAGAUAUUUUGGGGGGGGGGGAUAUAACAAACAUUUUCUCAAAAUUACACAUUUGUAAUGUGUAGUUAUAUGUAUGUAUCAUUUGUCAUUUUAAUGAUUUUCAAUUUGCAGCUUGAGCCGAACGAUCCAUUCCAGAUUAUAUUUAGGUUUAUGUAGCUCAGUUUCCAUGGCUGAAUUAACCUGAUAUUUGGGGAUGGGCCCAACUCAAAACACCAAUUCUCCCAUUAUCUGUACAUUUUGUACAGUUGUGACAUUUUUGAAUAUUCUAUGGCCCCAGGUUCACUGAUUGAUUUGAACUGAAACUAAUUGGGAAUAUGUACCAUGUAAACACAGUAUCAGCUGAAUUAAUAAGGGUCUUAAAAGGCCACUCCAUUGAGGUCUUACUUCACUUCCAUAAAAUAUUACGUUCGCAGCCUGUAGGCUGACACUUCAUUUUGAUCUAGUGGAUAGCGAGGCAGUUCCUGGUUUGAAUCCCGGGUUUGGCCAGGGUCUUUCUGUGUGGAUUUUGAGACAUAGUAAUGGAACGAAGCCUGCAAAUCAAAUAACGAAGCAGGAUCCACCUUAAGACCCCUCAUAAUGUCAGCUGAUGCCCAAGUUUGGCAUAUUCCCCAAACAGUUCAUCAAAUUCAACACCAUGAGAGCAGUGAACCUGGGCAACUGAACAAGUCAACGGGACUUCUGACCAAUUGGGUCCAUUACACUCCCGACGCUGUCCACCACUGUUUUACCACUUUUCAUAUUCCACCGAGUACAGAGGUGAAGCUGCUGCAAAAAGUAUCAACCUGAAGUCAACACCAUAUCAGCAUACAUCCCUUCAUUUUGUCAGCUGCUCACUUAUAGGUUUUUAUGGUCUGAUUUACAAACCGCUCUUUGAUUAUUAUUAUUAUUAUUAUUAUUAUUAUUAUUGUCAUGACAUUGUAAACCACUUGUCGAGACGUCACAAUUGCUGUAUUUCCUCCAUGUCCAGUUCAAUUUAGACUCUUUCAUCAUCAUGGACAAAACGUUUGAAGUUAUAAAUCAAUAUUAUUCUCUGUGCCCUCUGUGUUUUUUGCAGUGAUACUGACUUCCUCCCUCUCGAUGCAGGCACAAUGCUGGUUCAUACUGUCGCACUUUUUAGGGAAAUGAGACCCCCCUCCCAAUGUAAACCAUGUUAUUUCCCCCACCCCUGCCACACACAUACAUGCACACAUGCAGACACACACUCACACACUGCAAAGGGAAGAGUUUAAAGUCACGGGAUCAGUGGCGUAAAAAAACAUGAAGUGUAAUAUUUUGCAACAUUAGUAUCAUUCCAAUAAAGUUUUACUGGUGAAAUUCUA